CAUUAGUGCGGGUGUGGACAUUUUACUCGGGGCCGAACUCUUCUUCUCGUUAUUGCUUAGCCAGCAAUGUAAAAUAAAUGUUGGAUAUCCACUCUUACAGGAAACUGUGUUUGGACAUAUCGUGUCAGGGAUGUACGCGGGGCGUGGAGCAAACCCAUCGCUGUGCAUAAUCAGCAGUGCCAGCGGGCUGGAUGCCAUCCUAGAGCGAUUCUGGCAAGUGGACGACUUUGACCGCGGUCGAGCGCUGUCGCUAGACGAUAGGUGGUGUGAGGAUCACUUUAAUCGCACGGUUUCGCGUCGGGAUGACGGGCGUUACGUGGUACGGUUACCAAUCCGCGAAGAUCGAAGACCUUUUCUCGGUGACUCGUAUAAUCUAGCCCAGCGUCGGUUCCUGGCUAACGAGCGCAGAUUUGGAUACGACCAGCAGCUUCGCGACGACUACCUGCGAUUUAUGGACGAAUAUGCUGAACUCGGACACUUGGAACCGGGCUUACGCACAGGAAAUGCCGCGUACCGUCCAAGAUUUUUGGAAACGAUGGACUCGGGAUUACGUUCAUCAUUUGCAUCAACGUCCAAAAUGGCACCAAGGAACUCGAAACCCUCAGGUCGGCGAGUUAGUUUUGUUGAAACAAGAGAACCUUCCGCCGUUGCAAUGGAACAUCGGACGAAUAACCGCCACACAUCCGGGCAGAGACGGCAGGUGCAGGGUGGUCGACGUCCGCACCACAAGGGGAACUUACCGGCGUGCCGCAGCAGAAGUAUGCCUGCUGCCAAUCGAAACCGAGAGCAGCAAAUUAGAAAACCCAGCCCAGCACCAGAUGCAGCUCCCGACAAGCCAGCCCGAACUGUAAAAUUGUCAGAAGCUCGGUUCAAGGAGACUGAUGAAGCAGAAAGUGAGUAAAGGAGUUGACCCAGUCAACUAGGGGCAGGAUGUUUGUAGUAACACGAAUUGUUGUUGAAUAACAAUAAUUGUUUUUGAUUAGGAAUGCAAAUCAUCUCGGCGCAGCCCUACCACAAUGAAUUUGGUAGCGGUGGGCUGCGUUUAGGUGUUUCCGCCGUAGGUUAGGACAAUUACGAUAGGUAUGAUCGGGGAAUAAGUACAAAAAUAAAAUCACUUGGAAUUCGACCGCACACAGGACUACAUCUCUUCAAAAC